AUGAAUAUCUCACAGCCCGUCUCAUCUGAGGUCGAGUCGGUUGAAUUCACGUUUCUCUCCCCCGCCGAAAUCGAAGCCGUCUCCGUCAAACGCAUCGAGAAUGAAAGCACGUUCGAUAGCAUGCUCAAUCCUGUCCCAGGCGGUCUUUAUGAUCCUGCUCUGGGCUCAUGGGGCGACUCACCAUGCACAACUUGUAACCUAAACCACUUAUACUGCCCAGGCCACCCGGGCCACAUCAAGCUCCCCGUCCCUGUUUACCACACGAUAUUUGUAGACCAGGUCUACCACCUCCUGCGAUCUGCCUGCCUAUACUGCAAGGGAUUUCGACUGCCGGCCAAGGACCUGCACAAGUACAUGUGCAAACUCCGCCUCUUGCAACACGGUCUUGUCCACGAAGCGCACAUUGUUGGGGCAAUCGGCGAAAUCGACAUCAGCGAUGAUCUUGAGGCCUCUGUGUCCCUCGAACUUGACGGCAGCGAAGCCGAAGACGAUACCAGCUCCAUCGACAAUGUCACGCGCAAGAGAGAAAAGUACGUCCAGCUCUGCCUUCGCGGCGGCAGGAAGACGAGGCGUGACAUUAAGAAGGGCAAGCACGAAGGCACAGGACAGAUGCGUCGCGAAGUCAUCAAGGAAUUCCUCUCUGAAGUGAUAAAGAAGCGUGAAUGCGCUAGCUGCAACGGCAUUUCCCCGACCUAUCGCAAAGAUGCGUUCGUCAAAAUUUUCGAAAAGGCGCUCUCCGAUAAAGAAAAGGUCAAGAUGGCUGCACGAAACCUCAAAUACGGCGAUGCCAUGUCGCGACUAUAUCAAAAGACCAUGGCCAAAAAGCCUCAAGAGAAUGGAAUCACUCACAACUCGAGCGAGGACGAAGGCGAAGAUGAAUCUCCCUCGAGCCAAGAUGUUGAAAUGCAAGAUGCCGACGAAGAAGAGACUACGACUACAAAUACUAGUCAUUCAGCCGCGCAUCAAAGAUACAUCAGCCCUAUGGAGGUCCACGCUCGUUUGGUAGAGCUCUUCAACAAGGAACAAGAACUCGUCUCACUUCUUUAUAACGCCAAGCCGCCCACCAAGAGGACCACGAAAACGACCCCUGACAUGUUCUUCAUCACGGUGCUCCUCGUCCCCCCCAAUCGAUUCCGUCCCGAGGCUCGCACUGGCGACACGGAAAUAUCGGAAGCGCCGCAAAACAGUCUCUACAAAAACAUUUUGCGCGCCAACGGCAAAAUUGCUAAACUGCACAGCAACGUGCAAAACGGCAGCUCGGAUAUAACAGCACUGCAUCAUGCUUGGGUUGAAUUACAAGAAUCCGUGAACACGCUCAUUGAUAGAAAUAAGAGCCCCGUCCAGGGAGCCGCUGCCAAGCGCGCUGAAGACGGCAUCAAGCAAAAGCUCGAGAAGAAGGAGGGAUUGUUUCGAAAGAAUAUGAUGGGAAAGCGAGUCAACUAUGCUGCACGAAGUGUCAUCUCGCCUGAUCCUAAUAUUGACACUAAUGAAAUCGGCGUUCCCCCUGUUUUCGCUCAGAAGUUGACUUAUCCGGAGCCUGUUACGAGUCACAACUUUAGAGAUAUGCAGCAAGCUGUCAUCAACGGUGUCAGCAAAUGGCCAGGUGCAAUCGCGAUUGAGGACGAGAAUGGCCAAAUUGUCAACCUUCGAAACAAGUCAGUUGACGAUCGCAUAUCGCUGGCUAAUCAACUGCUCGCCCCGACCAACGCAAAUGCUCCCAAGACGAAGAAUAAGAAAGUCCAUCGCCACAUGACAAACGGCGAUGUCGUGCUCAUGAAUCGUCAACCAACACUACAUAAGCCUUCAAUGAUGGGUCAUCGUGUUCGAGUGUUGCCUGGCGAAAAGACGAUUCGAAUGCACUAUGCGAACUGUAACAGUUAUAAUGCCGAUUUCGAUGGUGAUGAGAUGAAUAUGCAUUUUCCUCAGAACGAGGUUGCGCGCUCAGAGGCGCUUCAAAUUGCCGACACCGAUCAUCAAUACCUGUCUGGCACCGCGGGGAAACCCCUUCGAGGUCUCAUUCAAGACCAUCUUUCAGUUUCGAUUGCGCUAUGCAAUCGCGACACCUUCUUCACCAAGGGUGACUACCAUUCUCUCAUCUAUAGCGCUCUACGACCUGAGAGUGGUCAUAUUCUCUCGGAGCGACUCGAGCUUGUGCCACCAGCCAUCAUCAAGCCCGUCCACCGGUGGACUGGAAAGCAAGUUAUAACCACAAUCUUAAAGAAUCUCAAGCCUGCUAGCUGCAGUGGCUUGACGAUGCAUGGAGCCACACAGCUGAAAGCAGAGCAAUGGGGCACCAACUCCGAAGAAGGUGUUGUGCUAGUUAAGGAUGGUGAACUGGUGACCGGCAUUCUAGACAAGUCGCAAAUCGGCCAAAGCUCCGGAGGUCUUGUCCAUGCUGCUCAUGAAGCUUAUGGCGCGGCUAUCGCCAGCAAGUUGUUGAGCUGCUUAGGACGACUGCUGACGAGGCUCUUGAACAUGCGAGCUUUCUCUUGUGGCAUGGACGAUCUGCGACUUACAGAAGCUGGCGAGAAGGCUCGCUUACAAGCUCUGGCGCAGGCCAGCGACAUGGGUCUCAAGAUUGCGUCCAAGUAUGUCUCCUUACCUGACAACACAGACCCCACCAACAACCUUUUACUUGAACGUCUUGAGGAAGUCUCGCGCGAAGAUAAGAAGCAGGAGUGUCUGGAUUUGUUGAUGAAUGAGGGAUCGAGAGACAUCACUGCCGAAGUCCAAAAGGUCUGCAUUCCGAAUGGUUUAGAGAAGCCAUUCCCGAGAAACCAAAUGCAGGCCAUGACUACAUCUGGUGCCAAGGGUUCUCGAGUCAACGCUUCUCUGAUCUCUUGCAACCUGGGCCAACAGGUUUUGGAAGGCAGACGUGUGCCAUUGAUGGUUAGCGGAAAGACUCUUCCAUGCUUCAAGCCCUUUGAGACACACAUCGGAUCCGCCGGGUAUAUUCGCAGCAGGUUCCUUACUGGCAUUCGUCCUCAAGAGUACUAUUUCCAUCACAUGGCUGGUCGUGAAGGUCUCAUCGAUACAGCCGUCAAAACAUCUCGCUCAGGCUACUUGCAGCGAUGUAUUAUCAAAGGACUGGAAGGCCUCAUGGUCUCGUAUGACGCCUCCGUCCGCGAUGCAGAUGGCUCCGUGAUCCAAUUUCUCUACGGCGAAGACGGUCUUGAUGUCACCAAGCAAAAAUAUCUGACAAACUUUGACUUUAUCCUCGAAAACGUUGCCUCGGAAGUUGUGCAGCUCAAGUACGAUACGAAGGUCGUUGAGACAUUAACCGCGAACCGAGAUGCCUUCAUGAAGUACAUGAAAAGCGCUGUUAAGCAUGCCAAGUCGAAGGGCACAACUUCCAAGGAUCCUCUGAUCGGUUCCUAUAAUCCCACUACAAACACUUUCGCCAUGUCGGAGCUUUUCUAUGAGGCAAUGUCAAACUAUGUCAAGGAAAACAAAAGCGGCCUUAUUCGAGAGAAGAGCAGCCACAAGCAAGCACAAAACAGCGCCGCUCUCACUCGUAAAAACGCUGAAACCCUCUUCGCUCUCAAGUACCAGCGAUCUCUUAUCGAACCAGGUGAGGCAGUUGGUAUCGUUGCUGGCCAGUCUGUCGGCGAGCCCUCCACUCAAAUGACACUAAACACUUUCCAUUUGGCUGGUCACGCUGCCACGAACGUGACUCAGGGUAUUCCUCGACUCCGAGAAAUUCUCAUGACAGCCUCUGCUGUUAUUUCUACGCCAUCUAUGAAACUUCAUCCUCUUGCGAAUAUUUCUCCCGAUGAAGCCGAGACUUUCACGAAAAAGAUCAGCCAGACACCAUUGGGGUACAUUGUGAAUGAUAUUGCCGUUGAGGAGCAGGUUGGCCGUGGUAAGAUUUAUAAUCAGGCCAAGAUCUACAAAAUCAAGAUCAAAUUCUUCCCAUCAAACGAAUACUGCCCAACAUAUGCCAUCACAGUUCCCGAAGUCAUGAACUCCCUCGAAUCGACGCUGAUGCGCCAAAUAAUCGCAUUGAUGAAGAAGGAAAUCAAAAAGCGAAGCGGCCCGAGCACUGGAGCCACACCAGAAAUCGGUGUUCGGUCUGGUGUUGUGGAGGUGGCAUCGGCGGAAACAAGUGCAGAGAGUCGGGACGAUGACGACAAAGAUGAUGACGAUGGGGACGAUGCAGAUGCUACCAGCGCCAAGCAACGAGCAAACCGUGGCGAGGAGGUGUCGUACGGCGACAAUGAUGACGAGGAUAACGCAAUCCAGCAGGCCAUGGUUCAAGAUGCCGAGGACGAGAGCGAAGACGAGCAAAUGAACGGCGUUUCGAACGGUGCGCCUGCAGAGAAUGGCAACAAGGAUGACAACGUGGAUGACAACAUGGAUGACAACAAGGAUGACAGCGAGGAUGACGAUAUGCAGUCUACAAGUACGGCGCGAGGGGAGCGCGUCAAAGACACGUUCAACGAGGUGUCCGACUUUAAGUGUGACGAAAAGGAGGGAGCGUGGUGCAGCAUCACAAUUGAGCUCGACUCGAACUCUCCCAAGCUUUUGAUGCUGAACCUUGUCAAGAGCGCUGUGAGCAAGACUAUGAUUCGGGAGAUUCGUGGUGUCGGUGCUUGCGCAUAUGUUAAAGGGGCUAUUACGGCGUCGGGAGUAAAUCUACGCGCGAUGCAGAUGUUUACUGAUUACAUCGACCCCGACAAGAUCGAGACAAACGAUGUUGCCGCGGUGCUUGCCAUGUAUGGUGUCGAGGCAUGCAGAGGCAGUAUUGUACGCGAACUCAGUGGCAUCUUCGGUGGUCACGGUAUCUCGGUGGACAACCGACACCUGAAUCUGAUUGCGGACUACAUGACGAGAAACGGAGCAUUCACAGCCUUUAGCCGUAUGGGCCUGAAGGGCAAUGUCAGUCCCUUUACAAAGAUGAGCUUCGAGACGACACUGGCCUUCCUGAAGGAUGCCGUGUUGGAUGGUGACUGGGAUGAUUUGACGACGCCAAGUGGCCGGUUGGUGCUGGGCCGACUGGGCAAGCUGGGAACUGCAGCAUAUACAGGAUUUACCAAAACGAGAUACGGUGCCCAGGGCGGUGAUGACUCGGGCGGUUUCAUGGCAGAUGGCUCCCAGCAAGGCAGCCAGAGCGGCGGCAAGGCCUACCAAGACGAAUCACUACGACCCGUUACCGUGAAGCAAGUCGUCGAGGCUGAGGAGGGGUACUCUGGGGGCGACUUCAAGAUUGACGGUGCUUCCGCUCCGCAAGUCACAUUUGUCGGCCAAAUUCGCAGCGUCAACGCGCAGGCGACAAAUAUCACGCUCAAGAUUGACGACGGGACCGGCCAGAUCGAGGUCAAGAAGUGGAUUGACGGCGACAAGCCCGAGGACCCGGAAGCCUACGAGCUGGACUCGUACGUCCGCGUCUGGGGCCGCCUCAAGUCCUUUUCCAACAAGCGUCACGUCGGCGCGCACGUCAUCCGCCCCGUCGACGACUUCAACGAGGUCAACUACCAUAUGCUCGAGGCCACGUACGUGCACCUCUUCUUCACCCGCGGGCCCCUCGGCGGCGCGGGCGGGCAGCAGAAUGGCGGCGGCGCCCACGGAGACUCCAUGUUUGUCGACGGCGGCGCGGCCUACGACGGUGGCGCCAGCCAAAAUGCAAGCAAGCUGACGCGUUGCUCGCCGGGCGCCAAGAAGAUGUUCAACUUUUUGAGCUCGGCGCCGGGCAGCAACGAGGGUGUGGACAUCAACAUUGUCACCAGCUCGACGGGCAUGUCGACGCGCGAUGUUUUGACGGCGGCGGACGAGCUCUUGGGACAGGGCUUGAUUUAUACUACACUAAACGACGAGACGUGGGCGAUUCUGGAAUACUAG